GUAGGUGGCGGUAAUGCGCAUUAAGGCCAGAUGCCCCCCGGCAUCAAACAAGAAGAAGAAGAUCGCACAGGAAGUAGUAUUGUUUGUCCGGAAACACUUUUUUCAACGUGAGUGGUUUGUGGUUUUACAGUUCUGUAAGUGAAUCACGCACUCGUAACUUCAUGUCGAUUGAAUGAGGGACUUGGGAGGCACAGCGAUCGAACCAGCCGGAGCUCGGUGAUCAUCUUUCUGUUCGUCCUCCGGUGACUCAGCUUAGGUUUGCAUCGGCGAGAUGAAGCCGCCUCCUCGUAUUCGAAAUAAACCAGGGCGCAUCCUGACACCUGACGUUUUACCGCCGAGCUCGGGUAAAGUGUCCCACAACUGGAAGCGAUCGGAGCGGAGGAAACUCCUGAAGGCCCUGACGACCCUCAGCGAGACGCCCGGAGGCCGCGGAGACAUCGAUUACGCCGUCCUGGGGAAACAGGUGUCCACUCGGUCCAUCCCAGAGAUCCAAUAUUUUGUAGAUGGGCUUAAGGACAAAGUGAUCUCCUAUGCCAGCUUCUACCUGAAAAAUAAAGACCAGAUGGUCAGAAAGCCCAUCGAGAUGUGGACACAUCUGGCUUCGGCUGUGACUGGAACCCUUAAAGAACCCAUUUGGCGUGCUUUCUCUCAGAUGUUGAAAGUGUCAUCCACUGAACCUCGUACUCUGAGGAACGGGGCCCCUUCUCAGGUCCACAGACUGUCCAAAGUCGCAGACAGGCAUGUGGGACGCAGCAUCUCUCAGAGACCAAUGCUUUCUUUGCCGGUCCAAGGUAAGCGCCCUGGCACCAACCCAGCCCCUCCUUUUCUGGUGUUCAAGACGCCAGCACCAACCAAAGGCGGCCGGGCCAAGAGAGGCCCAGUAUUAUCCAAUGUGGUUAGAUUGCCAAUUAGCAAAAUCCCUCCACCUCAGCAACCGCCUUCAAACACAGCUGCAACCUUACCUGCUGCCACCUGCUCCGCUCCAACUGCUGUCACCUCCUACCCCCCAGGUAUAGCAGAGUUGGCCGUGCCUCCAACAAAUCCACAGCUUGUGUCACAGACUGUGAUCCCAGUCAAAACCUGUUCGAAUACUACUGCGGGGGUGAAGACUGUGAAUGUGGACAGCAUUGUAAAGCAGCAACCGUCCACCAUCUUUCCUUUAAAGUCCACUUCUUCCAGUCCUGGCAUGCCCCUCGCUUUGUCUGCCACCGGUCUCGUCCCAUUCCCCAGUACUGCUCCAUCGUCCGUUAAGUCUGCCAUUACUGCCACCAACCACCCAGUGGCCCCACUCUCCACUCCUACUGCUGCAUCUCCUUCCGGGUUUGGUUGCACCAGGAAAUAUGCCACUAAGCUCAGUCCCAGAACCAUCAGUGUCAACUCAAGUGUGGACUUUGAGAGGCUCUAUCACUACAUGAGUGCCAUGCACGAGUCGGAUGAUGAGCGCCCUCUCACCCCCAUGGAGAGUGCUAUCAUGUUGAACCUGUUGAUGUCUCUUCCAGAGGAGCUUUCCCUGCUGCACUGCACCAAACUACAAAAACAUCUGAUCCAGGUACAACUUCUGACACAAUAGUCAGAUGGAUGCUGA